AUGGUAGAAAUGCUACUAGAUUGGAACAAGGAUCUUAGCAAAGACAAGGACAAAAAUGGCAGCACCCCUCUUCACACUUUGGUUUCGGCGCAGUCUGAAGAUAACCUUCGUAUAUAUUGUCUGGAUUUCCCCAAUAUGUGGCAUGGGUUGGAGAAACAUGCAACAUGGCGUAUACUUGAUGCUAACCCACAUGCAGCGUAUGAGAAGGAUAAGAAUGGUUUGUUACCUGUACACAUUGCUGCCUUGAUGGAUAGGAUGGCCGCUAUCCUUAUUCUCCUCAAAAGGUGUCGUGGUUGCGUCGCUCUUCGUGAUAAGCAGGGGAGAUCUUUACUUCACAUUGCUGUCCGGAACAAGGUCCACCGUAUAGUAAAAUAUGCUUGUCAAGAACCAGUUUUUGCGCCAGUAGUGAAUGCUCGGGACAAUGAUGGCAACACCGCACUACACCUAGCUGUGGAGGUUGAGAAUCUAGUAAUCUUCUGUCAUCUCAUGCGGAAUCCAAAAAUAUUAUUAAAUGUAAGAAACAAAAAGGAUGAAACUCCGCUGGAUCUAGCAAGGAGCAAGAAGACUCUCACAAAUUUUUCCUAUGCAAUGAAUCCGGAGAACGUGAUAUACAAGACACUCAGGGAUGCCGGAGCUAGGCAUGGUAGAUUCUGGGGAGAUCGUGUUCAACAACUCUGCAUACAGAAUGAGUUGUCAAGCCUAAAAGAUGAAGAGAAUCGAUCAGAAGAAGGGAAUGAUUUGGAGAAGCGUGGCAAAAUAGAGGAUGGAAAGAAAAACCGUAAGAAAAAAGAGGAUGAAGAGAAAAAAGACUCAGAUCAGUUGACUGAUUCCACCCGCACACUUGGCAUUGGCUCGGUACUCAUCACAACAAUGACAUUCGGUGCAACCUUCGCCUUACCAUCAGCAGUCAAAGCAACCAACAAUAGCCCCGGUGUCAUAUCAGGACACUUAGGUGCGUGGUAUUUCGAUGCAUUCAUGAUGGCCAACACGCUUACUUUCAUCUGCUCCUCGGUAGCUACACUUUGCCUCAUGUUCUCAGGCAUGUCCAUGGUUAAACUGCAAAUCCGCCGGAUGUACUUCCAGGUAUCUGUGUUCCUGACCUCGAGUUCGCUCACCAGCUUGACUGUUGCAUUUGCCCUUGGCUUACAUAUGGUGCUGGCUUCAAUUUAG